AUGUUUGCUCCCAAGCCAUCUGCACCCGCUGGUGGACUUUCUCUCAACACCAACUCCACCAGUUCUUUGUUCGGCAACAACACAUCCACAUCCACAUCCACAGCUACUCCCGGGGCAACGAGUACAACCGGCGGUCUUUUCGGAAACGCAGCAUCUACCACACCUAAGCCAGCAGGAAGCUUGUUCGGCGCCCCGGCCGCAGGAACCACACAGCCCCAGACAACUGGAUCCAACAUGUUUGGAGCUACACAGUCUUCCGCGCCCAGCGGUGGCAGCCUUUUCCCAAAUGCAGCCGCUACAACUACACAACCUCCCGCAUCCAAUCUCUUUGGUGGAGCAACCGCUGGCGCUGGCACCAGUACUACUCAGGGUACAACGGGCGGCGGUCUAGGUGGUGGUCUUUUCGGCGGCGCGUCGACGGCCCAAUCUCAAGCAAAGCCGGCCUUUGGUAGUGUACUCGGUGGAUCAAACGUAAAUGGCUCAGGCAUGUUCGGCGCUGGCCAAAACAACACACAGCAGCAGCAGCAACAGCCUAACAAGCCUACACUCUCGCUAUUCGGUCAACCCGCUGCUCAAGGGGCCCCACAACCACUUCAACAGAGCACCAACAAUAAUACGGUGAUCCAAGGUGUCAAAGUUGAUGUCAGUAACCUACUACCGACUACAAAGUAUGAGAGCUGUGCAGAUGAGAUUCGGAACCAAAUCGAGGCCAUCGACAAACACAUCCUGAACCAAAUGAAGAUGUGUCACGAGGUGGGCGAUUUGCUACCCACAAUUGAAAAGCAGGGUGCGACCAUCCCCAACGAUGUCGACUUUGUGCAAGGCAAACUAGAGACCAUGCAACACGCAUUGGAGAACGAUGCCAGAGAUAUUGAUGGCUUGCGCAACCUUGUCACACGGGACGCAGCCGAGGCUGAGGUGGCCUUCCGUGCCAUUGAUACACUGAAACUGCCCCUGCAAUACCAAUCGACUGGCGGUGGAUGGUGGUCUGUGCAGGAUCAAAACAUUCCCGAGCGAUCCAUGCGGUCGAGUCGCAAGAAUACACUCGCCCUUCCUGAUGGAGUUGAGGGUGACGCGUCCGCGACUUCAGUCAACGGUGUCCCCGUCAAUUUGAUCGACUACUUCUCACACCGCUCCAAGGAGAUGAAGGAUGUUCUUGGGAAAUAUACUGGUAACCUCAAGGAGAUCGAAGAUCACCUGCACGGUGUGGAGGCUACACUGAACCGCCAGAUCAGCGACUUUGUCAGCUCCAAGUCCCGUGAUGGCAAUGCCGCGCCGCGGUCGACCGUGAACGAACUUGCCGCUGUCCUUUCCGAUGUUGAGGCUGGAAUCAUGGGUGUUGCUACUCGAUUGAGUACUGUGUCCGAACAAGUACAGGAUAUGUCUCAGCAAUCUGAUGGACGUUAUCAUUGA